UCCCAACUCAUCUUAAUUCUUCAACAUUAGCUCCAGGAGAUGUUGAGACAUGAGAGGCAGUGAUGCAGCCGUCAAUUUGUACACCCGUCAACUUGUAAAUACUGCUCAGUGCAAUUAAGUACAUAUCAAAAGAAAUUCGUCAACUUGUACACCCGUCAUGGCGUCGGCCAUUUGAGAGAGAAAUGAGUGGAGCGCACACAGUGCAAGAGAGUAGAAGGAAACAAAAGCGAACCUUUCUUCAACUUUUCUUUCCCUAUUCGACUUCUGCAAGAAUUUCUCUCCUUUUCCUAGCGACUUGUUGAACCAAUCAAUGGUGAUUUUGGGUGGAUAACAGAAAUAACUUCAAGGGAUGGGAGGUUGCUGCUGUUCUUCCAGAAAAGCUCAUCUGCAUGGAACACCAGUCUAUUACUAUUGUCCACGGGGUUUGGAAGAGCACGGGUCCCUGACAUCUCAUGAUGGCAUAGCCUCUGCACUCACAGCAGGAUUCCUGGUUGAUUUGGGUCUGGAUGCAUCAACCCCUGACACUUACCGAACCCCUCCUGCACCUCUUCCUUAUGAUUUUCUCUUGGGAUGUCCACAAUCACCAGAUUCUCUCUUCGCCGGAACAAUUAUUGGCAGUAGCUUUGGAACUUUGACUACAUGUGAAGAUCUUGAGGAAUCAGACUGCAAAGCUCAAGCCAAUUCUUUCUGUGUCUCACCAAGAAAAUUAGAAGGUCCAAAUUUGAAUGAGACUAAUGUAUCUUCAGUGGAGGAGGAGGAUGUUUGUCCUAUUUGCCUUGAAGAGUAUGAUUCUGAGAAUCCAAAUAUUAUCACGAGAUGUGAGCACCACUUUCACCUCUCCUGCAUUCUUGAAUGGAAGGAAAGAAGUAAUGCCUGCCCUAUAUGUGAUCAGGAAAUGGCAUUUGAUAAUAUCAGCACUUAGUUUCUCUGAUUCUCUUUCAAGAUGGAUGCUUCUUUGCUCUUUGCAACCAAAGCUUGCCAACUCAGUGGCUAUAUAUGCAUAGUAUUCAUUUGUUUCGUAACUGGUUAUUUGGUUACGCUCCACAGAUUUAUUUGUAGUUUGGUUGCUGUCUUUUUUAAAUUCUAUUGUCUCUGUGGAAAAAUCGAACGAAAGAAACGAAGUUAUCACACAAGUGAAAAUAGUGCAUUGGUUCAUUAAUCUCAUCUGUCACUGCUUAAACUAGGAUAAUAGGAAUUUAGAUUUGAACAAUGCUCCUUUAGGUGAAGUCACUGCUGCCUGGCAUGUUGACUUGCUAGAUUUCUCUUUCUUGUACAGAUUAUACCUAUUUUUAUGGUGUACAUGGACUUGUUUUGGUCUAUGGGACUGGUUUUGUAAAUAGUCUUUUAAUUUCAGAUUGAUUUAAGAUUGGUGAAUUUGAUUGGUAUGCCAAAGUGUUAUGGAA